GAUGAUAUAGCUUUGUGUAUUACUACGAUAUCACCUUUUUGUUUUAUCGAUCAUUUACUGUGUGACGUGACUGACGAAAUGUAUGGUUGCACUGUGUUCCUUGUUGUCCUGCCAUUUCUUGUAGUGCAAGCUACUCCCAUCCAGGAAUUUCCGGAGCAUAGCGCUGAUAAUGCAAGUUCUUCCAAUGUGGCUAACACUAGCACUUCAAACGCCGUCCACAUCAACACUCGGCAUAAGCGAGAUGAUAUAACGAUCGGGGACGUGUUCGACGACAACUACUGUGCUCCGUGCAAUGAAGAAUCGCUCUGCAGUCCCACUCGCCAAGAGUUUGAGAAGUAUUGUCGCAUUCGCAGAGAGUUUUUAGCAAGGACCACGCCAAAGUCACGUCAUACGGAACCUUGGACAUACGCAACCUUUCCUCCUUGGGCGAUUGGAAUUCCAUUUUAACAGAUCCUUCAUCAAAGACUUUCUUUAGUCCAUAAUAACUGC